GUUUGGAACUCUUACAUGAUAGAUGCGUGACGACUGCUAGUUGGUCCCAUGGAUGACCUCUGGAGCCCUGAACCUUCUCGGGGUAAGCCCCCGUUGCUCGACCCGGAGCUGGAGAAUGAAGGGCAACAACGACAGCGGGUAUCUCGUCCUAAUGCUGCCGCACGCCACUCGAAACGCUUGACACUCAAUUUUCCCAUCACCACACCCCCCGUUUCGUCUGAUCCGGCCUCGCCGUCCACACACAUCAUGUCGCCACUCGCCAGUUCCUCGACGUUUCCCUCCCCGGGUCGAUCCUUAACCGCAACCCCGGCGUUGAAUGAACCCGUCGAUGAAGGAUACAUGUUCCUAACCGCUCUUGCGGCCCAGGAGAGAAAGGUGCUGGAGCUAAGAGAAGAACUUCAAAAGGCUGAAGCCGAACUUGUGAGCCUAAAAAAGCAGUGGGCUAUGGGGGAGAAAGGAAGGAGGAGGACCGAGAUCGUCCAUCACGCAGAAGUGAUGAAACCCCUCAAGACGCCGGCUGAUGAACCGACUGCGAACGGUAUCGAUCCUGAACGAGCCGCGCCUUCUGACCUUACCAAAGUCGCAUUGCAGACAAGAAUGAGUCGCGAGCUGGAUAGAAGGAAUACCUUAAGGCAAUUAACCCAGCAAUAUCCUACCGGAAAUGGCUCCAUUUCAUCCGGACGUCCGCGAACGGUUUUUCAAAGUUCUCGUCACGUCAGAACUCUCUCGUUGCUGUCCCCUAACGGGCUGGAACCUCUAUCGCUCGGAACGACUACCAGUUCGUCGCGAAACCCCCAGCUUGUUAGAGGAUCCAGUCACCCCAGAUCUGCCACUCUUCCUUCCCUUGAUCGCGACGACCCGAAAAAUGCCGAAGGUGCUAUCUCUACAGCCAGAAUAAAAAUGCAAGAUGAGCGGAAUUUAUGGCGGCGUUCAUUGCCAAUGACUCAAGAUGGGACCGCUGAGACGCUGAUGCGCACUGGGAAGCAGAUGGCGUCGGAUUUCAAAGAUGGAUUAUGGACAUUCUUGGAGGAUAUCCGUCAAGCUACGGUUGGCGAAGAAGGAAUCAAUGCGACAGAGUCAAGGUCCAUGUAUGCAGCCCAUCGUUCAUCGUCUCGUCCGUCUCGGCGGACCGGUAUGGACGCUACUGCAAGUCGAGAACAGUCCGUUGGAUCGUCGACCGCCGCCAGGCCUGCUACAUCGAAGAAGAUACCGGAGGCUAGGGCAUCCAUUUCGAAGCAGGAAGACGUCUCCUUCUGGAGUGAAUUCGGCAUUGACCCUCCCGAAAAGCCCAAAGCAAGUUACAGUUCUUCCAAGAAUAAGGGUGGAAAGCAGAAUGCUAAAGAGUCCAAUCUUUUGGAUGUGGAUGAUAACUGGGAUGUAUGGGAUACCCCUCAACCCAAAACCCAUACUCCAUCGUCAAGCAGUUCCACAUUCCCUUCUUCCAGGCGAGACCCAUCGCCUUCGACGGGGGCAAGCAGUCCUCGGACAAGUGCAAGUUUCGCAGACCUUAAAACCAUCGAAAUUGAAAAUGGCACCGACAGUGCUCCAUCUGACAGUAUUCCAUGGCCGGCGUUAACGAAGCUCCGGCCUUCGAAUUUAACACGGACAGCAUCGAGUUUGAUGGCCGAGUGGGAGCGGAGCCUAUCGCCCUCUCCGUGUCCUUCUCCCUCCAAUGAGGCUGAAUACAAAGACCUUAAAAACGACUGAAAGUCAGAAAGCCACCCGCCAAUGGUUACAUGACGCGCUAUGUUUUUUUAAGAUACCCAUCUGAUAGCCUCAAUGCACCUACAAUAAUGAGAUCGCAAAUACGACACACAUGUUUGGCUGCGCCUUUUACUUGCCACUUAGCAGAUAUAUCUUCCCUUCUUGCAAUUGUCACAGGACCCCCUGGAUGACAUAAUGAUGCCGACAUGUAUAUUGCAUAAUAUUGUUGAUUUCUUUUUCUCCUAAUCUUUUUUCCGGUACAUUCUUGGGCUAUUCUAGUCAAUGACUUCAGGGGUGAAUGUCCAAUAACCGUUAUAUAUUUUGACCAUAAUGUUGACUUCUUGGGUAGAUGGACAUUUGGGUGUGUGAUGGAAAAAUUUUAAUAAAGUAAUCCAUCCUUUUAAGUUACUCUGCUCUGCUAGUCUUCAAAGUGGGAUAUCUAUUUGGUGUUCAACUGGUUAAUGAUUGGGCUCUUAGCUGGUCUUCUAUGCGAUCCAUGUCCUCCAACUUUUGAAGGAGAGAGGUGUCAUUUUCUUGGAAGCCCAAUAAUUCGAUGGUAGGGGCAUUAAGUCACGCGCAUUGUCCUGGAAGGGCGAGACGGAAAGCAACAGACAACUUCUUCCCCUUGGCUCCAACCAGUGGUUGUCAAAGCUAUAUCUGUUCAUUGUGCUUAUGAACAUGCCCUGCUGAAUAUGCAACUAGACUAAUUACAGAUAAUCAUAUCUUUGAACCCCCUCUUCUUCUUGCCUCACGUUCUUUAUCCCUUAGAUAUCGCCUCAAUAUCUUCCCACUCGCACUUUUUGGGAUAGCAUCAAUAAACUCGAUCCCACCAUGUAGCCAUUUAUAAUGCGCCUUAUGGUCCUGGACAUGUUUUUGGAUGUCGUGUAUCAGUGUUUGAUGGUCAACUGUUAUCUCGCUGGCCUUCACGACAAAGGCCUUCGGCACUUCACCCGCCGAAUCGUCGUGGACACCGAUGACUGCGGUAUCAGCGACCGCCGGGUGCGUGAGGAGGUGAGCCUCCAGUUCUGCUGGCGCUACUUGGAACCCCUAUAAAAGAGAAAGAAUAAAACUCCAGUUAGCCCCCCCCCAACUAGGAUAAUGCAAAGACUAUUCGGGCCAAGGGAUGGCCUCCUGCUUAGAUGUUUCCCUACCUUAACUUUGAUCAACUCUUUUAUCCGGUCGACGAUGAAGACAUGAUCCUCUCCAUUGAAACUCUUCCGGAAAACCGCCUCGUCGCCUGUUCGUAGCCAUCCGUCUUGGAAUGUCUCCCUGUUCGCCGCCUCGUUAUUGAGAUAGCCCAGGACAAUGGUCGGGCCAUGGAGUAAAAGUUCUCCUGGCGUAUCGUACUCCUCAACCUCGGUUCCGUCAGGGGUUACCAAUCGUGCCUGCAGCAGUGGUAGGAGGCAUC